AUGCCCCUCGCUUUCAAGACCGAGAAGACCGCGAUUGAAUCAAGUCAUUAUCACAACGAGAAGGCCGACAGAGAAGAGAGCUGCGACAGUUACCACCCUUGCACCACGAUCAGUGCGUAUCAUCCCAAAAAGUGGUACUCGAAAUACCAUGGCCUCAUUUUGCAGAAUCUCGGACCCUUUAUGAUCUUACCAGUGACUGGGUCAGCUCAGGCAGAGGCAAUGUGUUUUUUCGAGUAUAUUUCGAUCAAGCAUCUGAAUGAAUAUCGCCCCUGCGAAUCAUGGCGUAAGACUCUCAUAUUCUUCUCCCAAACAGUGCCAUCAGUGCGGUGUGCCGCCAUUGCUCUGGCCUUGAUCCACCGAAACUACCUGUAUCGCGAUUCUAGCGACCAUGUGCAUCAAUCGCAAUCUUCGAAAGACUGGCUACCGGAUAAGGCUCCCUUGCUUCACUAUAAUCGGGCCAUUCACCUUCUUUUGAACCAGAGAAGUGGUGACAGCACCGAAAUAACAGCCGUCACGCUUUUGGUCUGCUAUCUCUUCACCUGCUUUGAUCAUCUGGCGGGCAAUUACGUACAAGCAGUGAAGCACCUGCGCGGAGGUGUGGAGCUCUCACGCAACAUCGACAAGGCUAUACUAAACAACAACAGUACUUAUGACGAUUCCGAACCCUCAGGGGUUCGCACGCUUAUCUGCCAGGUCACAAGACAGAUCCGCCGUCUCGACAUGUAG